GUCUCUUCCCAAAGCAACACACAGGAUGGCGCUUGGUUGGGCAGUGCUGUGGCUCAGCCUCUGCUCUGGACUGUCUACUGCAUCCAAUGUCACGGUUCAUGCAGUGACCAAAUUACCAGUAGUUACAGAACUGAAAACGUCCCACGACGACCAGUUCUGCAGCACAUGGGGAAACUACCAUUUCAGGACCUUCGAUGGCAAUUUCUUCCAACUUCGCUCCAACUGCAACUAUCUCCUGGCAUCCAACUGUAAAGGCAGCUACGAGGAUUUCAACAUCCAACUGCAGCGGCAUGACACAGGUGGCAUCGCGGCCAUAAAGCGGGUCACCAUGAGGUUGAAUGGAGUGGUAGUGGAACUGUCCAGCUCCUCCAUCGCUGUCAAUGACCACCUGGUGGCACUGCCUUUCAGCCAGGUUGGCAUCUCAAUCGAAAGAACAUUCUCCUACGUUAAAGUGGAGGCAACGAUGGGUGUGGUUGUCAUGUGGAAUGAAGAAGACACUUUCUGGGUUGAGUUGGAUGCAAAAUACAAGAACCAGACUUGUGGCCUGUGUGGCGACUUCAAUGGAGAUCAGAUUCAGGAAUUAGGGGAUAUCGAGGACAUCGGGGAGGCCUGGAAACCAACGGUCCCACUGAAAACUGUGAUGAAACGUUGUCUCCUGAGCCACAGAUCCAUCUGUGAGAACGCCGUGUCAGGACCUGCUUUCCACAGCUGCGAAGACUUGAUAAACACGGACGCUUUUGUGGAAGCGUGCGUGAAGGACUUGUGCAACUGUAAUGGCUCCAGUCCGUGUCUGUGCUCCACCAUGUCCGAGUACUCGCGCCAAUGCGCUCACGCAGGAGGGGAGCCACAGGAAUGGAACACCCAUAUAUGCGCUAAAAAAACCUGCCCACUUAACAUGGUGUACAAAGAGUGUGGGAGUCCCUGCACGGACACCUGCAGCAACCCACAGAGAAGUGAAGUGUGUGAGGAACACUGCGUGGAUGGAUGCUUCUGUCCACCUGGGACCAUCUUGGACGACAUUGGCGGAAGUGGGUGUUUACCUGUGGACCAGUGCUCUUGUGUGCACAACGGUCAGCAGUACAAACCUGGAGAAUCGUACUCAAAGGCCUGUCAGUCAUGCACUUGUACUCAGGGUGAAUGGAGGUGUAGUGACAAGGACUGUCCUGGUAUGUGCUCCGUUCUGGGAGGCUCCCACAUCGCCACCUAUGAUGAUAAAACAUACAGUUUCCAUGGCGACUGCUCCUAUGUUUUAACAAGGCAGGUGAACGGGACCUUCACUGUCCUAGGGGAACUUGUCAAAUGUGAAAAAUCGGAUAAAUCAACUUGCCUGAACGCAGUCGCUGUAGUGCUGCCACAAUCCCUGGUGGUUGUCGUGGAAGCAAGCGGCCAUGUUUUGGUCAACAAACUCGUUUCUCAGCUGCCUCUCUUCACGGAUGACAUAGCAAUCUUCAGCCCCUCCACAUUUUACAUUGUGAUCCACACUGUCUACGGGCUUCACCUGGAGAUCCAGCUCACGCCCAUCAUGCAGGUGUACGUCAAAGCCGACGUGUCCCAUAAAGGCAAACUCCAUGGACUUUGUGGGGAUUUUAACAAUGUUGAAGUGGAUGACUUCAAAACCAUAUGUGGAAUGAUUGAAGGGACGGCUGCUACAUUUGCCAACUCGUGGAGGGCCAAAGGAGGAUGUUCAGACGUCAGCAAAUCACUCAGUGACCCCUGCCUUUUGAGCGUUGACAAAGAGAAAUAUGCCAACCACUGGUGCGCCUUGCUGACCAACACAACUGGGGUGUUUUCCAAGUGUCAUUCUGAGAUAAACCCAGAAGAAUAUUUCACUUCUUGUAUCUACGACACAUGUGCCUGUGAAAACAGCGAGGACUGCAUGUGUGCUGUCAUGUCCUCCUACGUUCACGCAUGUGCCGCCGCUGGUGUCUUCCUGAGUGGAUGGCGGGAAGUGGCGUGCAAAAAAUACACAACAACCUGCCCUUCCACUUUCGUGUUUGACUACCACAUGACAAGCUGUGGCCGCACAUGCCACUCUCUGAGUAAGGCAGAUUUAACCUGUGAGGUGAAGUUUACGCCCGUGGAUGGCUGUGGCUGCGCGGAGGGCACUUACCUCAACGAGAGAGGGGCAUGUGUGCCAGCGUCCCAGUGCUCCUGCCAUGUAGGGGACAUGGUGGUGCACCCCAAGCAGACCAUUAGGGCUCAUGGACAAAUUUGCUCCUGCCAUAGUGGAAAAUUAACCUGUGCAGGAAACCACACAACUGAAACCUGCAGUGCGCCAAUGACUUUCUUCAACUGCUCAAGUGCAAAGCCAGGUGAUACGGGGUCAGAGUGCCAGAAAACCUGCCAAACUUUGGACACAGAAUGUGUCAGCUCACAUUGUGUCUCAGGCUGCGUCUGCCCUGCUGGUCUGUUGUCCGAUGGUGAAGGAGGAUGUAUUGAGGAGUCCCAAUGUCCCUGCACGUACAACGGACAAUCCUACCAGGCUGGACAGACUGUUAAAGUGGACUGCAACACCUGCACUUGCAAAAGCAGACAAUGGCAAUGCACCGAACAGCAGUGUGAUGGAACCUGCACAAUAUACGGGGAAGGCCAUUACAUCACCUAUGAUGAGAAGAAAUUCUCCUUCAAUGGGGACUGUGGUUACGUCUUCACUCAGGAUUACUGUGGGGACAGUAAGGAGGGCACCUUCAGGGUCCUGACUGAGAGCAUUCCAUGUGGGACAAGUGACAACGUCUGCUCCACUGCCAUCAAACUCUUCCUCGGGAAAAAUGAAAUUAUCCUUAAAGAGGAAAAUGUCAAAGUUAUCAAACAAAACAAAGGGUUAGACAUUCCCUAUAAAGUCCACACUAUCGGUAUGUAUGUUGUCAUUGAGGCAAAGAAUGGACUUGUUCUGAUCUGGAAUAAAAAGACGACGGUCAUGAUUAAACUUAGCUCCACAUUCAAGGGGAAAGUUUGUGGUCUGUGCGGAAAUUACGACGGUAGCGUCAAAAAUGAUUUUACUACCAGAAACAAAGAGGUUGUGGUGGACGCCUUCAAGUUCGGAAACAGCUGGAAAGUGUCCCCGAGCUGUCCCAACACAAACGCGCUACGAAAUCCCUGCGUGCUGUACUCAAACAGGCAGGCGUGGGCUCUGAAACACUGCAGCAUCAUCAAAAGUGAAAUAUUUGAUGCUUGCCAUUCAAUGGUGGAUCCACAUAAUUAUUACGAUGCUUGUGUAAAAGAUACAUGUGCCUGCAAUACUGGAGGAGAUUGUGAAUGCUUCUGCUCAACUGUUGCUGCCUACGCAGCCGCAUGUAAUAAGGCUGGAGCUUGUAUAAAAUGGAGAACACCCACUAUCUGUCCUGUAUUCUGUGAUUACUACAAUCCUGAGGGUGAAUGUGAAUGGCACUACGAGCCUUGUGGAAAACCAUGCAUGGAAACAUGCAGGAAUCCCUCAGGACAAUGCUAUACACAAAUCCCACCGUUAGAAGGCUGCUAUCCGAGGUGUCCCCCGGAAAAACCGUAUUUGGAAGAGGAAACCAUGGAGUGUGUGUCCAGGGAAGACUGUGGAUGCUAUGAUGACGACGAGAAGCACUACACAGAAGGAGAGAUAAUGCCUCAAACAGAAAACUGUCAGACGUGUAAAUGUAUUUCAACAAAGAAGGAGUGUACCUAUGAUGCCAAAGCUUGCACUUGCUUAUAUAAGGGGCAAAUAUACAAGUAUGGAGAAAUUGUAUAUGAUAUUCAUGAUGGAGAUGGAACCUGUAUUACUGCCUAUUGUGGAGAACAUGGAAAUAUUACAAGGGUGGUUAGGCCGUGCAGUUUUUCAACCACACAACAGCCAACAACAACUGAAUUUGUGUUUGUGACAGAGAGACCGACUUCAACACCAGCAACCACUAAGGCCCAAACUACAACAACCAGAAAACCCAUCAAAACAACCAUCCAGCCCACAACAUUCACAGAAGAGCCCACCACCGUAACAACAACCACAGAAAAGCCAUCGAUACCAACGACUGUAACAACAAACCCAACCACAGUUACCACCACAACCACCAAAAACCCAACAUCAAAACCAUCUGACUGUCUUGUUUGUCACUCUUCACCUUGGAUCAACAAUCAUUAUCCUGAUUUUACUCCUGACGGUGGAGAAUAUGAAUCACUUGGCAAUAUAACCGAUCCAAAUUUGAGUGAAUGUGAGCAACCACUUCAAAUAGAAUGCAGAGCAAAACAGUACCCAGAUUUAUCUUUGGAUGAACUGGAUCAGAAAGUAACAUGUAACCCUACAGAUGGACUGAUCUGUCAUAACAAAGACCAAGGCAUCCCUCCAAUUUGUUACGACUAUGAGAUACAACUCAUAUGUUGCAUUAAUGAGUGUGUCACGCCAACCAAGGUUGCAACUACAAGUGAAACAACAUCUGCAAUUACAACAGAAAAAUCAAUUUCUACUGAAGCCACAACCACAGAGAAGCAUACGACUAAUGCCAAAACAACUACUGCACCCACAGAAAAACCCAAAAGUACAGAAGUACCAACAACAACAACCACAGUUACAGAAAAACCUACCCCCACAGUUACGCAAAAGGCCAGUACUACUGUUGCUGUAACCACAGAACACCCCACAACUGUGGCUGUCACAACCAACCAAGCCACUGAACGUCCCACUACAACUACUGAAAGACCAACAACAUUUACAGAGUUCCCAAGCACAACUGAACGACACACCACAACAGUUGCAGUUACAGAAAAACCCAGCACUGCAGCAACAGAAAAAAUAAGCACCAUUGCUGCAACAACAGAAAUACCAACCACUGUCACAGAAAAUCCCACAACUACAGAGAGACCAACCACUGCCACUGCAGCGGUAGAAACAACCACAGCCUCAGAAACGAUUGGAACUACCUUGACUACAGCCAAAGUCACGGGAAAAUUUACUACAGAAGAGCCGAGCACCACAGCCAAAACCACAGAAAAACUGACUACUGAAGUUACAGAGAAGCCAACCGUAGGAACGACAGAAAUGGUAGCCACAACAAAGCCAAAAAGAACAACCACAGAAAGUUUUACCACAACCGCAGUCCCAACAACAGGAAAACCCAUCACGACAACACCUGAAGUUGUUACAUACACGGUUGUUACAUUCGAACCAUCGACAGGACCUUUAGUCACAUCAGCAACUAAGGCCCCAACUACUACAGCAAAACCUAUCAAAACAACCAUCCAGCCCACAACAUUCACAGAAGAGCCCACCACCGUAACAACAACCACAGAAAAGCCAUCCAUACCAACAAAUGUACCAACAAACCCAACCACAGUUACUACUACAACCAUAGAAAAAACAACAUCAAAACCAUCUGACUGUGUUGUUUGUCACUCUUCACCUUGGAUCAACAAUCAUUAUCCUGACUUUACUCCUGACGGUGGAGAAUAUGAAUCACUUGGCAAUAUAACCGAUCCAAAUUUGAGUGAAUGUGAGCAACCACUUCAAAUAGAAUGCAGAGCAAAACAGUACCCAGAUUUAUCUUUGGAUGAACUGGAUCAGAAAGUAACAUGUAACCCUACAGAUGGACUGAUCUGUCAUAACAAAGACCAAGGCAUCCCUCCAAUUUGUUACGACUAUGAGAUACAACUCAAAUGUUGCAUUAAUGAGUGUGUCACGCCAACCAAGGUUGCAACUACAAGUGAAACAACAUCUGCAAUUACAACAGGGAAAUCAAUUUCUACUGAAGCCACAACCACAGAGAAGCAUACGACUAAUGCCAAAACAACUACUGCACCCACAGAAAAACCCAAAAGUACAGAAGUACCAACAACAACAACUACAGUUACAGAAAAACCUACCACAACAGUUACGCAAAAGGCCAGUACUACUGUUGCUGUAACCACAGAACACCCCACAACUGUGGCUGCCACAACCAACCAAGCCACUGAACGUCCCACUACAACUACUGAAAGACCAACAACAUUUACAGAGUUCCCAAGCACAACUAAACGACACACCACAACAGUUGCAGUCACAGAAAAACCCAGCACUGCAUCAACAGAAAAAAUAAGCACCAUUGCUGCAACAACAGAAAUACCAACCACUGUCACAGAAAAUCCCACAACUACAGAGAGACCAACCACUGUCACUGCAGUGGUAGAAACAACCACAGCUUCAGAAACGAUUGGAACUACCAUGACUACAGCCAAAGUCACAGGAAAAUUAACUACAAAAGAGCCGAGCACCACAGCCAAAACCACAGAAAAACUGACUACUGAAGUUACAGAGAAGCCAACCGUAGGAACGACAGAAAUGGUAGCCACAACAAAGCCAAAAAGAACAACCACAGCAAGUUUUACCACGACCGCAGUCACAACAACCGGAAAACCCAUCACGGUUGUUACAUUCGAACCAUCGACAGGACCUUUAGUAACAUCAGCAACUAAGGCCCCAACUACUACAGCAAAACCCAUCAAAACGACCAUCCAGCCAACAACAUCCACAGAAGAGCCUACCACCGUAACAACAACCACAGAAAAGCCAUCCAUACCAACGACUGUACCAACAAACCCAACCACAAUUACCACCACAACCAUAGAAAAAACAACAUCAAAACCAUCCGACUGUGUCGUUUGUCACUCUUCACCCUGGAUCAACAACCAUUAUCCUGACUUUUCUCCUGACGGUGGAGAAUAUGAAUCAAUUGGUAAUAUGACUGAUCCAAAUCUGAGUGAAUGUGAGCAACCACUUCAAAUAGAAUGCAGAGCAAAACAGUACCCAGAUUUAUCUUUGGAUGAACUGGAUCAGAAAGUAACAUGUAACCCUACAGAUGGACUGAUCUGUCAUAACAAAGACCAAGGCAUCCCUCCAAUUUGUUACGACUAUGAGAUACAACUCAAAUGUUGCAUUAAUGAGUGUGUCACGCCAACCAAGGUUGCAACUACAAGUGAAACAACACCUGCAAUUACAACAGAAAAAUCAAUUUCUACUAAAGCCACAACCACAGAAAAGCAUACGACUAAUGCCAAAACAACAAUUGCACGUACAGAAAAACCCACAAGUACAGAAGAACCAACAACAACAACCACUGUUACAGAAAAACCUAUCAUAACAGUUACGCAAAAGGCCAGUACUACUGUUGCUGUAACCACAGAACACCCCACAACUGUGGCUGCCACAACCAACCAAGCCACUGAACGUCCCACUACAACUACUGAAAGACCAACAACAUUUACAGAGUUCCCAAGCACAACUAAACGACACACCACAACAGUUGCAGUUACAGAAAAACCCAGCACUGCAUCAACAGAAAAAAUAAGCACCAUUGCUGCAACAACAGAAAUACCAACCACUGUCACAGAAAAUCCCACAACUACAGAGAGACCAACCACUGUCACUGCAGUGGUAGAAACAACCACAGCCUCAGAAACGAUUGGAACUACCUUGACUACAGCCAAAGUCACAGGAAAAUUUACUACAGAAGAGCCGAGCACCACAGCCAAAACCACAGAAAAACUGACUACUGAAGUUACAGAGAAGCCAACCGUAGGAACGACAGAAAUGGUAGCCACAACAAAGCCAAAAAGAACAACCACAGAAAGUUUUACCACAACCGCAGUCACAACAACAGGAAAACCCAUCACGGUUGUUACAUUCGAACCAUCGACAGGACCCCUAGUCACAUCUACAACUAAGGCACCAACUAAUACAGCAAAACCCAUCAAAACAACCAUCCAGCCAACAACAUUCACAGAAGAGCCCACCACCGUAACAACAGCCACAGAAAAGCCAUCCAUACCAACGACUGUACCAACAAACCCAACCACAGUUACCACCACAACCACAGAAAAAACAACAUCAAAACCAUCUGACUGUGUCGUUUGUCACUCUUCACCCUGGAUCAACAAUCAUUAUCCUGACUUUUCCCCUGACGGUGGAGAAUAUGAAUCAAUUGGUAAUAUGACCGAUCCAAAUCUGAGUGAAUGUGAGCAACCACUUCAAAUAGAAUGCAGAGCAAAACAGUACCCAGAUUUAUCUUUGGAUGAACUGGAUCAGAAAGUAACAUGUAACCCUACAGAUGGACUGAUCUGUCAUAACAAAGACCAAGGCAUCCCUCCAAUUUGUUACGAUUAUGAGAUACAACUAAAAUGUUGCAAUAAUGAGUGUAUUACGCCAACCAAGGUUGCAACUACAAGUGCAACAACACCUGCAAUGACAACAGAAAAAUCCAUCUCUACUGAAGCCACAACCACAGAAAACCCUAUGACAAAUGCCAAAACAACAAUUACACGCACAGAAAAACCCACAAGUACAGAAGUACCAACAACAACAACAACCACAGUUACAGAAAAACCUACCCCCACAGUUACGCAAAAGGCCAGUACUACUGUUGCUGUAACCACAGAACACCCCACAACUGUGGCUGCCACAACCAACCAAGCCACUGAACGUCCCACUACAACUACUGAAAGACCAACAACAUUUACAGAGUUCCCAAGCACAACAACUGAACGACACACCACAACAGUUGCAGUUACAGAAAAACCCAGCACUGCAUCAACAGAGAAAAUAAGCACCAUUGCUGCAACAACAGAAAAACCAACCACUGUCACAGAAAAUCCAACAACUACAGAGAGACCAACCACUGUCACUGCAGUGGUAGAAACAACCACAGCCUCAGAAACUAUUGGAACUACCUUGACUACAGCCAAAGUCACUGGAAAAUUAACUACAGUGCCUAGCACCACAGCCAAAACUACAGAAAAACUGACAACUGAAGUUACGGAGAAGCCAACUGUAGGAACGACAGAAAUGGUAGCCACAACAAAGCCAAAAAUAACAACCACAGCAAGUUUUACCACAAUCGCAGUCACAACAACAGGAAAACCCAUCACAACAACACCUGAAGUUGUUACAUACACGGUUGUUACAUUCGAACCAUCGACAGGACCUUUAGUCACAUCAGCAACUAAGGCCCCAACUACUACAACAAAACCUAUCAAAACAACCAUCCAGCCCACAACAUUCACAGAAGAGCCCACCACCGUAACAACAACCACAGAAAAGCCAUCCAUACCAACGACUACACCAACAAAUCCUACCACAGUUACAUCUGAGAGUACAACACGUUUGAUGACAACCGGAAAGGCCAGCACUGCUGCAGCCACAACGACAGAAAAGCAUACAACUAUGGCCAAAACAACCAUUACACACACAGAAAAAACCACCACAGCUACAGAAGUACAAACAACGACAGGUACAGAAAAACCUAUCACCACAGUUACGCAAAAAGCCAGUACUACUGUUUCUAUAACCAUAGAACACCCCACGACAGUGGCUGUCACUACCAACCAAGCCACUGAACGUCCCACUACAACUACCGAAAGACCAACAACCGUUACAGAAUUCCCAAGCACAGCAACUGAGCGACACAGCACUACAGGCGCAGUUACAGAAAAAGUAAGCACCAUUGCUGCAACAACAGAGAUGCCAACCACUGUCACAGAAAAUCUCACAACUACAGAGAGACCAACCACUGCCAUUACAGAGGCAGAAACAAUCACAGCCUCAGAAACGAUUGGAACUACUUCGACUACAGCCAAAGUCACAGAAAAAGUAACUACAGUAACUACAGAAGAGCCUAGCACCACAGCCAAAACCACAGAAAAACGAACUACUGAAAUUACGGAGAAGCCAACUGUAGGAACGACAGAAAUGGUAGCCACGACAAAGCUAAAAAGAACAACCACAGAAAGUCCUACAACAAACGCAGUCACAACAAAAGGAAAACCCAUCACGACAACACCUGAAGUUGUUACAUACACGGUUGUUACAUUCGAACCAUCGACAGGACCUUUAGUCACAUCAGCAACUAAGGCCCCAACUACUACAACAAAACCUAUCAAAACAACCAUCCAGCCCACAACAUUCACAGAAGAGCCCACCACCGUAACAACAACCACAGAAAAGCCAUCCAUACCAACGACUACACCAACAAAUCCUACCACAGUUACAUCUGAGAGUACAACACGUUUGAUGACAACCGGAAAAGCCAGCACUGCUGCAGCCACAACAACAGAAAAGCAUACAACUAUGGCCAAAACAACCAUUACACACACAGAAAAAACCACCACAGCUACAGAAAUACAAACAACGACAGUUACAGAAAAACCUAUCACCACAGUUACGCAAAAUGCCAGUACUACUGUUUCUAUAACCAUAGAACACCCCACGACAGUGGCUGUCACUACCAACCAAGCCACUGAACGUCCCACUACAACUACUGAAAGACCAACAACCGUUACAGAAUUCCCAAGCACAGCAACUGAGCGACACAGCACUACAGGCGCAGUUACAGAAAAAGUAAGCACCAUUGCUGCAACAACAGAGAUGCCAACCACUGUCACAGAAAAUCUCACAACUACAGAGAGACCAACCACUGCCAUUACAGAGGCAGAAACAAUCACAGCCUCAGAAACGAUUGGAACUACUUCGACUACAGCCAAAGUCACAGAAAAAGUAACUACAGUAACUACAGAAGAGCCUAGCACCACAGCCAAAACCACAGAAAAACGAACUACUGAAAUUACGGAGAAGCCAACUGUAGGAACGACAGAAAUGGUAGCCACGACAAAGCUAAAAAGAACAACCACAGAAAGUCCUACCACAAACGCAGUCACAACAAAAGGAAAACCCAUCACGACAACACCUGAAGUUGUUACAUACACGGUUGUUACACUCGAGCCAUCGACAGGACCCUUAGUAACAUCUGCAACUAAGGCCCCAACUACUACAGCAAAACCUAUCAAAACAACCAUCCAGCCCACAACAUUCACAGAAGAGCCCACCACCAUAACAACAACCACAGAAAAGCCAUCCAUACCAACAACCAUCCCAACAAACCAUACCACAGUUACAACUGAGAAGAUAACAACACAUGUAAUGACAACAAAAAAGGCUAGCACUGCUGCAGCCACGACAGAAAAGCAUACAACUAUGAGCAAAACAACCAUUACACCCACAGAAAAACCCACCACAGCUACAGAAGUACCAACAACAACUACAAAAAAAACUACCACCACAGUUACACAAAAUGGAAGUACUACUGUUGCUCUAACUACAGAAAAGCGUACAACUAUUUCUGCCACAACCAACCAGACCAGUGAACUACCUACCACUACUACAGUAAGGCCAACACGAGUUACAGAAUUGCCAAGCACAUCAACAGAGAAACAAACCACAACUGUUGCAGUAACAGAAAAACCCAGCACAGCAUCUACAGAAAAAAUAACUACCAUUGCUGCCACAACUUUAGUAACAACAAUUGUCACAGAAAAUCCCACAACUACAGAGAGACCGACCACUACCACCACAAUAGUAGAAACAACCUCAGCCUCAGAAACUAUUGGUACUACAUGGACUACAGCCAAAGUCACAGAAAGAGUAACUACAGUGACUACAGAACAGCACAGCACCACUGCCAAAACCACAGAGACGCUGACCACGAAAUCUACAGAAAAACCCACCAAUGUUACUACAGAAAAUGUAAAGACCACAGUCAUAACCACAACAGAAAGGUUGAGUACAACAGCUGCCACAAACACGCAGGCAACGCAAAAGCCUUUGACAACUUCUAAGUCUUCGACAGCAGGCCAAACCACUCAGUGCUUCUGCAAAUAUUUGGGUCACAUUUUCUAUCCUGGGACUACAAUUUACAAUAAAACAGAUGAGGCAGGCUGGUGUUUUACAGCCUAUUGUAAUAUGACUUGCCAUGUUGACAAGCAUAUCGGACUGUGUCAGUCAACCACUCCGCCAAGUCCUACCACCACCUUAACUACGCCCGCAAUAACAACCCAAGUUGUCUCUACAACCGCCAGUACAGCAGCUCCUCCUAAGGACUGUUCCUACCUUGACCCACCAAGGAAGCAUGGUGAAACGUGGAUUCCAAACAACUGCACCAUAGAAAUGUGUGACGAUGGAAAAGUGCUAUCAGAACACAAGCCGUGUGAUCCAGUAACCAUACCAGUGUGUGAAAAUGGUCACCCCCCAGUGAGGGUUUAUGAUGAAGAUGGUUGUUGUUUCCAUUACGAAUGCAAAUGUAUUUGCACUGGCUGGGGAGAUCCACACUAUGUCACAUUUGAUGGUCAAUACUACAGCUUUCAGAAAAACUGUACUUACGUUCUGGUUAAAGAGAUCAUUCCUAAACACAAUUUUAAAGUCCUGAUUGACAACGAAAACUGUGACGCCACUGGAGAAGUUACCUGUGCCAAAAGCUUGAUUGUGUAUUACAAAAACUACGAAGUGGUUCUCACACAGGAGAGGAUCCCAUCGACAGUAAACAUGGUGUACGUCAAUGGCAAGAAAGUUGUCCCAACUUACUCCAACGAUGACCUUAUCAUCACAAGUAGUUCAAUAGAACUCCUUCUAAGAAUCCCUGCGAUCGAGGCAAUUGUGAUGUUCAAGGGCCUUUUAUUCAGCAUCGAUUUGCCAUACUCCCUUUUCCACAACAACACAGAGGGACAGUGUGGAACAUGUGACAAUUACAGAAAGAAUGACUGCAGAUUGCCUGGUGGUCAGAUUGAUCCUUCUUGCCCCGAUAUGGCUCAUGAGUGGAAUGUACCAGAUAAGAACAAACCAUACUGCAAUAAGGUGUCUCCUCCGACGACACCACUUCCAACACCAACACCACCAACAUGCAAACCAGAAAUGUGUGAAAUAAUAAUCAGCAAGCUGUUUGAGGAUUGCCACAAAGUCAUCUCACCAGAAUCAUUUUAUGAGGCUUGUAAAUUUGAUGUCUGCCAAAUGCCAAACACUACCGUGGGAUGCUCAAGUGUGGAGGCGUAUGCUAUGACAUGUGCUGAGACAUCAGUGUGUGUAGACUGGAGGGGUGCUACAAAUGGGAAAUGCGGAUAUACAUGUCCUGAAAAUAAAGUCUACAAAUCUUGUGGGCCGAUUGUUGUACCAACUUGCAAUGCAAGAUACAAUGACAAGUACACACAGGAAUGCCAGGGGGAAAAUAAUGUCUGGAAAUCAGGUUGUAAGGCAUUUGUGGAGGGAUGUUUUUGUCCACCUGGUACAACCUUGUUCAGUUCCAGCUCCAACCUCUGCGUCUCAUCUUGUUGCACUGGACCUGAUGGCCAACCAAAACAGUUAGGUGACACGUGGCAGAGUGGCUGCCAAGAGUGUGUCUGUGAUGAAGACACGCUCAAUGUGCAGUGUCAGCCUCGCGUGUGUCCCACUCCACCAUCCACAGUGUGUGACAAGGAGGGCGAGGUGUUGGUGAACCGUACAGUGGACUGCUGCCAAACGCUGACAUGUGAAUGUGAUAAAAACAGCUGCCCACUGCCACCUGCAAUGUGUCCAGUAGGAUUUGCAUUAACGAUUCACGUCGCAAAUGGUAGCUGCUGCCCCUCCUAUGAUUGCGUUCCCAAAGGUGUUUGUGUUUUCAACGACACAGAGUACAAGCCUGGAAUGCAAUUUUCCAAAGAUGCAUGCGAGACUUGCUUUUGUACCGGAGCUCAAGAUCCAGAAAGCAAGUUGAACGUGGUGGAGUGUCAUCAGAAACAAUGCUCCGUUCAGUGUCCAGAGGAUUCUGAGUAUCAAACUCAACCUGGGGAAUGUUGCGGCACAUGUAAAAAGACGAGCUGUCUUGUUGAGCACCCAGGCGUUGUUCCAAUCACUAUCAAGCCUUCCCAGUCUUGGUGGCCACCAAAUGACAAUUGUACCAGGUAUGACUGCCACAAAGUGAAGGAUGAGAUCAUCACCUCCAUUAACCAAACCCAGUGUCCUGACUUUGAUCCGGAGAACUGUGUUCCUGGAACAGAACAAAAUGACAUCAAUGGUUGUUGCAAAACAUGUACUCCUCGUUCCAACUGCAAAAUGAGCAGGAACGCCACCUUCUUGCAGAUUAAUAACUGCAAGUCAGUAGUGCCAGUGGAGGUAACGAUUUGCGAGGGAUCUUGUGGCCCGUCAACAUCAAUGUACUCUUCAGAGAGCAACAGCCUGAUGCACUCUUGCUCCUGUUGUCAAGAAACAGCUACAAGAAAGAAGGAAGUGGAGAUGGUUUGCUCUGAUGGCAGCAAGAAGAAACACUCCUACAUUUUUAUUGAAAAGUGUGGCUGUCAAGCAGCACAAUGUAAAGAAAAGACGACAGAGUAAUUAUGUCAUUACUAGAAUGCCAUAAGAAAAACAGUAAUUUCAUUCCAAUAAACAUUUUCCUGUUGCAA